GGAAAACCCACCAGCCUUAAGUUGUUGGAUUUUUUGUAUGGUCGGCUUUAGGGGUGGCAAUUUCCCCCGAUCCCCGCGGGGCGCUGCGGGGAUCCCCGUCACGGGGACGGGGCGGGGAGGAAUAUUCCUCCCCGCGGGGCGGGGAUGGAGGGCAUUUUGUCCCCGCGAAAUUUCGCGGGGAAUUUUCCCCGCCCUCCACAACCCCUCACUCACUCUUGGUUUCAGCCGGACAAUCAAGCUCUCAAGUCUCACCUCACCUUCAACCUUCCUCUCCCCUUCUUGCUGCUACAGAUCUACUACAGGUCUACUGUUGGAGCUGCGACAAAUAUGCUGCUGGAGCUGUUACAGAUCUGCUCCUAGAGCUGCUGUCAAAGCUGUUAGCUGCAGCCUGCAGAUCUGCUGGAGUUCAUCCUGCUGCCUGUGCCGAACUCCUUCUCUGCUCUUGCUGCCUGUUACGUCCUCUCAGUUGCAGGUAGGUUACGUUGUUCAGUUGACUCAAUACAUCUGCAAUGUCAAUGGCCGUAAUACGAAUCUCCUUCCACCAGGUCCGUUGGGUCUUCCCUUCAUCGGUAACUUGCACCAGCUCGAUAAUUCAUCACCUCACAUUUACCUCUAUCAACUUUCCCAAAAAUACGGUCCCCUCAUGUCUCUUAAACUUGGGUUUCGCCAAACUCUCGUAGUCUCUUCCGCAAAAAUGGCUAAAGAAGUCCUGAAAACCCAUGAAAUCGAUUUCUGCAGCAGGCCUGCUCUGUUUGGCCUUCAAAAGCUAUCCUACAAUGGCUUAGACUUGGCUUUCACCCCUUACCGUUCUUACUGGAAGGAAAUUCGAAAAGUAUGUGUAACCCAUCUCUUUAACCCCACAUUUUACUGCCAUUGACUCUGUGUUCCAAUUUAUUCUUUUUUUUUUUUCUUAUUGCGAAGUGGAUUCUUGGUUUGGGUAGUUAUCUUCUGAAAGGUUGGUCUUUUAAUUUCGUUUUGUUGCCUCAGUCUUGCUAAUGUAAAGUAUGUGCGGAUAUAAAUUAGGGCUCCAUGAAUUUUGUCACUCUAUUGUGAUAGAAAAAACGAACCUUGUGCUAAUAGAUUCCCAUACUUAGGCUUUCAAAUUAGGUGGUAGGUUUAUUGUGAUUUUUCAAUUGUUGCGGGUUAAGGGUUUCCAUCUCUUUAUAUUUUGUAAAUUGAAAUAGUGUUAGCAGUGUGGUCUUAGUGGAAUUGCUAUGGUUGUUUUGCUAUGUUGCCUGCAAAUAGUCAAUUGAAUGCAUAGUUUGUGGUAAAUUUGUUGAUCUAAGACAGGCUUUUUGAAGAUGCUCAUGGCUAAUGUUUUCUUGUGAUCAUAUCCAUUGUUGCUUCAGAAUCGGCGAAUAGCAAUUGUGGAUUUUGAGAGCUAAAGUGUUUUGAGUUGGUUCUUGGCUGCUUCCCUUCAUGUUGAAUGUUGGUUUAGUUUAGUUAUUUUAUUUAUGUUAGGUUGAUUUUUGCUUAUAUUUGGAACAAGUAUGUUGCUUUAUGUUGGAUUAAUUUCUAUAUAUAUUUGGAACAACUUAUGUUUGGAACAUGUUGCUUUAUGUUGGAUUAAUCUCUAUUUGGAACAAUUUUGUUGAUUUAAUUAUUUGUGUUAAAUUAAUUUUUAUUUAUGUU